GAGCUUCGAAGGAGGCGAGGGAGGGCGGGCGUCCGCUUUCCGUCGGCACGGGACGUCACCUCCGGCGCGAGCGCGGCGGGCACGCUUACGACAUCCGCAGCUGGAUUUCCCGGCACGUCUAGAAAAGAAGGCCCCUCGCAUGGGAGUGUGAAGAGCGCAGCAGCAGCCAGAUCCACCGGUCAUACACGACAGAAACGAACCCACCAUGUAUCGCCUGCUUUGCCUGGUUGCUAACGUCGUCGUGAUAGCGACGGCAGCCGAUCCCGAGCCCGAGGAUCGGUGGAAACUAGCCCGCGCCAACAACUUCCUUGGCCUGAACUUACUCAAGGCCCUGCCGAGCAACGCAAACACGAACGUGUUCUUCUCGCCGUUCAGCGUGUCGGCGGCCUUAGGAAUGGCCUACAUCGGUGCCCGAGGUGAUACACUGGAACAGCUUACGCUUAACUUCGGCUACACCGCUGACGAACUCAACGAACUGAAGAUCCUGGCACUAUUCAAGGAGCAGCUAGAAGCGGCGCGCGACCUGCCUCACGAGUACACGCUAGACAUCGCCAACGCAGCUGUUGCUCAGGAAGGCUACGGUGUCCUGCCAAACUACACGCAGGCUCUGAUGAGCGCAUUUGGAGCCGAAUAUCUCGAGGCCGACUUCAGCAAGAAGGGGCAAGAGGCCAUCGACAAGAUCAACAAGUGGGUCAGCGAAAAGACGCACGGGAAAGUUCACAGUCUCUUUGAAGAGCCGCCGGACUUCUCCACGCGGUUGAUCCUGCUCAACGCCGUCUACUAUAAGGGUACUUGGCUCUACGAGUUCAACAAGCUGAGAACCAAGCCGCGCUCCUUCUACAACGGUGGUGUCACAAAGGUCCUGAUACCGAUGAUGAAGAUGAAGUCCACGCUGAACCACACGUUUGACGCAACGCUGAACGCUGACGUCGUCGACCUGCCAUACGUCGGCAACGACAUCUCCAUGACCAUCCUGCUUCCCAGUGAGCGCAACGGCAUCGAGCACCUCAAGUCGGCCCUCACCACGCAGAACCUGAACAAGGCCAUUGCCAGGAUGUACCCGAAAGACAUGAAGCUCAAGCUGCCAAAGUUCAAGCUCGACACCAAGUACACGCUCAAGCCAACACUCGAGGCACUGGGCAUCAAAAAGAUAUUCUCCGCGGACGCAGACCUCUCCGGUAUCAGCGGCGCCAAAAAUCUCUACGUCUCGGAUGUGUUGCACAAGGCCGUACUGGAGGUGAACGAAGAAGGCAGCGAGGCCGCGGCCGUGACCGGGUUUGUGAUCCAGCUACGCACAGCGGCGUUCGUCACGCCACCGCCGUUGCCGAAGGUGUACGUCGACCAUCCGUUCAUCUUCCUCAUCCGAAACGUCAACACCAACACUAUCAUGUUCCUGGGCGAGGUCAACGCUCUCUAAGUCACCGCGUUCCACUCACUGAAGCCACCAUAUUGUGCCAUUUCUCUGUCAUUAUGCGAGUUUUGCUGGCGACGAUGGAAAGGCGUGCUUUUCUUGCGCUGAAAACAGGACAUCAUCGACCAAUACUUGAAAACAUUUACUCGCCGCCUUCGGAGAUCACUGUCUCUAGAAGGGUACGUUUUUAUUAUACGUAGCAAUACUCUGACGACCCCUAUGAUUUAGGAUCAAAUUACGUAGCUGAUACUUAGUAAUCUACUUAUGAUACCCAUCUUCGUGCUUUGUGCUACGCACCAAAACUUCUGCAUCAAUGCGGACCUGGAAAUGUUUAGUCUAGUCUUCCGGCACGGGGCUUGAAUGCAUGUCACACAGUGGUUUAUUAUCCGCCCCCACUUCGUCGUCCCUGCAAACUCCUCAUAAUCAUAAAGAGUAUCACCAAUGUGAAGUUGAAAGGAUGUUUGUUUUAUGUGUGUUUAUAGCAUAUGUGUACAGCGUUGCAUCCGGACAAUUACGGGUCAAUAUACAGAUCACGGUCACAAUGCUGCGAGAAUGCUGUGAAAUAAAAUGCGUAUCUAUUUUUCGUUUUAA